AUGCCGCCCAAAAAACGCGUCUCUGAUAGCGCUCCCUCGCCUAGAAAGCGCGCGCGCGGCACUGCGAGCCAGCCCGUCGCGAUCGACUCGCAGUUAUAUCAAUCUCAGCCAUCUGCUCUAUCUCCGCCGCCUCCAUAUACACAUACUUUCGAGUCGCGAUUACGCGAGUCGCAGCCCGAAGACGCUAUCGUCGCGCCCGCCGAGGGCAGUGAGCAAGCUACGCUCGCUCCGUCUUCUGAAGCCGCCGACAACGCUGUAGAUGAGGCUUUUGACGCCCAUCUCGAAGACAAUUAUAAUGGCAUAGAUUAG